UCUUCUCGCUUGAUGUCUCCAGAGCAGUGGCGGCGCCCGGUCUAGGGCUGAGUUACUCGGGAGGCCCUGCACUCAGGCCGCUUUCUUCUGCCGGUCGGUAGAGCGCACUCCUCGCUUCCCUCCUGUCCAUUUCUCCCUCCUUUCCGGGGCUUUGUCCGCCCGUUGGACUGCAAACCGAGCCCCCACCCGCCUUGCAGGCUCCGGGUGUCAAGACUCAGUUGCGCCGGGGACCCUCUCUGAGUCCCGCCUUUGAAGGGAUCCUCGAGUAGGUGGAGGCGUGUGGAACAAGGCCCUCUGGCUCUCGUGAGCGAAGUGUCGUUUUUUCGCCUUUUUUGGUUGGGGAAACCGAGGCUGAGGUCUGGGACGUGACUCUCCCCCCCAUAUCUCCUGGAGAUCUUUAAAGGCACCAGUUCCAUGAAGACAGCUUACAAGGACCUGAAUGGCCUCGUUUUAGCUGCUUCAGAGUGUGUGGAGCUAUUGCUUGCUCCUUAUUCCCUGAGCCUGCUGUGACAGUGGCCACUGAGCGCCAUGAAGGUUGUCCCGGAGAAGAAUGCUGUUCGCAUCCUGUGGGGCCGAGAACGGGGCACUCGGGCUCUGGGGGCUCAGCGGCUUCUGCAGGAGCUGGUGGAAGAUAAAACCCGGUGGAUGAAAUGGGAGGGCAAGAGAGUAGAACUUCCAGAUAGUCCACGAUCAACCUUCUUACUGGCCUUCAGUCCAGACAGGACUCUCCUGGCUUCCACCCACGUAAACCAUAAUAUCUACAUCACAGAGGUGAAGACUGGCAAAUGUGUUCACUCUCUGAUCGGACACCGCCGCACUCCGUGGUGUGUGACAUUUCACCCCACCAUCUCAGGCCUUAUUGCUUCUGGCUGCCUGGAUGGGGAGGUUAGGAUUUGGGAUUUACAUGGUGGCAGUGAAAGUUGGUUCACAGAUAGCAACAAUGCCAUUGCCUCCCUGGCUUUCCACCCGACGGCUCAGCUGCUCCUGAUUGCCACUGCCAACGAGAUCCACUUCUGGGAUUGGAGUCGACGGGAGCCCUUUGCUGUGGUGAAGACGGCUAGUGAGAUGGAGCGGGUCCGUCUGGUGAGAUUUGAUCCCCUUGGACACUACUUACUCACAGCAAUUGUUAACCCCUCUAAUCAGCAGGGUGAUGAGGAGCCCGAGAUUCCCAUAGACGGGACAGAAUUAUCCCACUACCGCCAGCGUGCUCUUCUGCAGUCACAGCCAGUUCGCCGGACGCCUCUCCUCCAUAAUUUCCUGCACAUGCUGUCCUCCCGUUCCUCUGGCAUCCAGGUGGGAGAGCAAAGCACGGUGCAAGAUUCCGCCACCCCCUCACCCCCACCGCCUCCCCCUCCGUCCGCCACAGAGCGCCCCAGGACUUCCGCUUACAUCAGGCUCCGACAGCGGGUCAGUCACCCCCCAGCGGAGUGCUGCCAGCACCUUGGGAUCCUGUGCCUUUGCAGCCACUGCGCUGGCACUCGAGUUCCUUCCCUCUUGCCACACCAGGACAGCGCUCCCCCUGCUUCAGCCAGAGCUACUACCCCUUCCUUUUCUUUUGUACAGACCGAGCCCUUCCACCCCCCGGAGCAGGCCUCGUCAACGCAGCAGGACCAGGGCCUCUUGAACCGGCCGUCAGCCUUCAGUACAGUCCAGAGCAGCACCGCCAGCAACACGCUCCGCAACCUCAGUCUGGGCCCCACCCGUCGCUCCCUGGGCGGCCCUCUGUCUAGCCACCCUUCCAGGUACCACCGAGAAAUAGCUCCCGCGCUGACAGGCUCCGAGUGGACCCGGACAGUGCUCAGUCUGAACUCGCGCUCUGAGGCGGAGUCCAUGCCCCCACCGAGAACCAGUGCCUCCUCGGUGAGUUUGCUGUCUGUGCUGAGGCAGCAGGAAGGUGGCUCGCAGGCAUCCGUGUACACUUCAGCCACGGAAGGGAGGGGCUUUCCAUCUUCGGGGCUGGCUGCCGAGUCGGAUGGGGGCAAUGGCUCCAGCCAGAGCAAUCCGGGCAGCAUUCGCCAUGAACUUCAGUGUGACCUCCGGCGUUUCUUCCUGGAAUACGACCGCCUGCAGGAGCUGGACCAGAGCCUCAGUGGAGAGGCCUCACCCACCCAGCCAGCCCAGGAAAUGCUCAACAAUAAUGUCGAAUCUGAGAGACCCGGCCCCUCCCACCAGCCCACCCCUCACAGCAGUGAGAACAACUCGAACCUGUCCCGUGGCCACCUGAAUCGCUGUCGCGCUUGUCACAAUCUCCUGACCUUCAACAACGACACCCUGCGCUGGGAAAGAGCCACCCCUAACUAUUCCUCGGGAGAGGCCAGCUCCUCCUGGCAGGUUCCCAGCACCUUUGAGGGCAUGCCAGCAAGUGGCAGCCAGUUGCCACCUCUUGAGCGGACUGAGAGCCGAACGCCUAGCUCCAGCAGGCUGGAGUUGAGCAGCUCUGCCAGCCCGCAGGAAGAGAGGACUGUGGGGGUGGCCUUUAACCAGGAAACCGGCCACUGGGAGAGAAUUUACACUCAGUCCAGCCGCUCGGCAACUGUACCACAGGAGGCCUUACAUCAGGAUAUGCCUGACGAAAGCUCAGAGGAAGACUCGCUCAGGAGGAGGCUGCUGGAGUCUUCCCUCAUUUCCUUAUCCCGUUAUGAUGGAGCAGGAUCCAGAGAGCACCCAAUUUACCCAGACCCAGCGAGAUUAUCUCCUGCUGCCUACUACGCCCAGAGGAUGAUCCAGUACCUCUCGCGGAGAGACAGUAUUCGCCAGCGCUCCAUGCGCUACCAGCAGAACCGGCUCCGGUCUUCCACCUCCUCCUCCUCCUCAGAUAGCCAGGGCCCGGCCGUAGAAGGUGCAGACUUGGAGUUUGAGGACUUUGAGGACAAUGGCGAUAGAUCUAGGCACCGAGCUCCCCGAAAUGCCCGGAUGUCUGCACCUUCGCUUGGACGCUUUGUCCCCAGGCGUUUCUUGCUGCCUGAGUACUUGCCUUAUGCUGGAAUUUUUCAUGAACGUGGACAGCCUGGCUUGGCUACUCACUCUUCUGUUAACAGGGUCCUGGCAGGUGCUGUGAUUGGUGAUGGGCAGUCUGCCGUGGCCAGUAACAUCGCCAAUACGACCUACCGGCUUCAGUGGUGGGACUUCACUAAGUUUGACCUCCCAGAAAUCAGUAAUGCCUCGGUGAACGUGCUGGUGCAGAACUGCAAGAUCUACAAUGACGCCAGCUGCGACAUUUCCGCUGACGGCCAGCUGCUGGCAGCUUUCAUCCCGAGCAGUCAGAGGGGCUUUCCCGACGAAGGCAUCCUGGCAGUCUACUCCCUGGCUCCCCACAACCUGGGCGAAAUGCUCUACACCAAGCGAUUUGGCCCCAAUGCCAUUUCAGUGAGCCUGUCCCCGAUGGGCCGCUAUGUCAUGGUGGGCUUGGCCUCACGACGGAUCCUGCUGCACCCCUCCACAGAGCACAUGGUGGCCCAGGUCUUCAGGCUGCAACAGGCCCACGGCGGGGAGACCUCCAUGAGGAGAGUGUUCAACGUCCUUUACCCCAUGCCUGCCGACCAGCGGAGACACGUCAGCAUCAACUCCGCCCGCUGGCUGCCGGAGCCCGGGCUCGGCCUGGCCUAUGGCACCAACAAGGGGGACCUGGUGAUCUGCCGGCCAGAGGCCUUGAACACCGGCAUUGAGUACUACUGGGACCAGCUGAGUGAGACUGUCUUCACUGUCCACUCCAGCAGCCGGAGCAGCGAGCGGCCCGGAACCAGCAGAGCCACGUGGAGGACAGACAGGGACAUGGGCCUGAUGAAUGCCAUUGGGCUACAGCCCCGGAACCCGACCACCUCGGUGACCUCCCAGGGCACCCAGACGCUGGCCCUUCAGCUGCAGAAUGCUGAGACGCAGACCGAGAGGGAGGUCCAGCAGCCGGGGGCAGCGGCCUCAGGCUCUGGUGAAGGUGCCCCGGCAGAUGCCCACCUCAGCUGCCAGUCAGUAGCUGAGCACGUAACCACUGAGGCCACCCAGGGGCUCCCCGGCCCGCUAGACCCAGGCUGUCCCGUAAACCAGGGUGAGGGCUCGGAGAUGGGCGUUGGCGGCGACGAUGCGCUGAGCAGGAUCCAGCGGCUGAUGGCAGAGGGGGGCAUGACGGCAGUGGUGCAGCGGGAGCAGAGCACCACUACGGCCUCUAUGGGCGGCUUCGGCAACAGCAUCAUCGUCAGCCACCGUAUCCACCGAAGCUCCCAGACGGGUGCUGAGCCUGCCGCCACCCGUGCUGCCUCACCCCAGCCCUCCACCUCUCGGGGACUGCUCCCCGGGCCUGGGCAGCUGGUGGAGCGAGGCCUGAGCCCUCGGACAGCUUCCUGGGACCAGCCUGGGACCCCAGGGCGGGAACCGCCCCCACCACCCCUGCCCCCUUCCUCCCCCAUCCCCACCCCUGGGCCCCUUUCCAGCUCUGAGGGACCAACCCUGCACUGCGACCUGACCAGCAGCCAUCACCUUCCUGAUGGCAGCAGCAGCAGGGCGGACACUGCCAGCCCUGGUGGGGAGCCGCGGAACAGGUAGAGACAAGUGCAGGCGCUGGUGCCUCCCCUGAACCGCUGAGCAGAGACCGGACCUCACAGCUAACUGGGAACUGUACAUGCGGAAGAGCUGCUGGCUGCGUCAGGGAGCAAAGGAGACGGGUGGGGGGGUCGAGGGGUCUGAGUCAGUGGGCCUAUGGCAGUCGACGGGCAAAACCUGCCUGGGGGACGAGCCUGCCAGGCCCAGAGCCCUGGAGGGCCACAGGCUGGGCCCUGUGUGACUGAGGAGCAGGUGAUGAUGUCAGCCUUAGCCUCCCUUCUAGGAGGUGGGCUCUAGAGACUCCCUGGGGCAGAGUGCCCCACAGCACGAGCAGGCCUCCUGAUUCUGGACAGAGGCUAGUGGGGCAGCAGGCCCUGACCACCUCUUGCCUGGGCAGAGCCACCAGGAGCCCAGGAGUGGAGGAGGCACGGCUGUGUCUAGAAACCACCUCCCAGAACCCCAGCGUCUUUGUCACACCACACAGAACCACAGGUUGCCUGGGUGGGGUGCCCAGGGCCUUGCCCACAAGCCCUUCUGCACUUAUUCCGAGGGGAGGGACAGCAAUGGGCUCAGGGUGGGGUUCAGGGACAGUGGGUGGGCCCUCACUCAGGAGUGGGGGGUGUCGGCUGGCCCGCGCCCGGACUUGUCUGCCAGCUCCCCACUCCCCUCAGGACCUUGCGCAGUACCCGUGGGGGCCCAGUGUUACCCUGUACCUGGCCACAGCCACCCGGGGCUGGCAGCCGGGCCUGGAUAAGGCAGGACUCCGGGUCAGAAUGUGAGGUCUUGUCUGUGAUUUAAGGUGUUGCAUGUGGAAUCUUGAACUGUACGUGUAGUUUCUAGUGGAGAAAAUCAAGGCUCUGAUUAUUUUGUUUUUAGUAUGAAAAUGUGAUUUCGUUUCUGUUUGUAACUCAUCAUAGAAACCUGGUGGUGGGAGGAGAGGGGACGGUCUGACUGCUGAUGAGGGAGACGCCAAAGAGCCCCAUCAUUAAAGUGAUGACGUGCCCCUC